CAGAAUAAACGUUUAACAGAAUGACACUUUUUUUGGAGAAAUCGACCCAAAAACCUAUGAUGAAGCAGCCAAAAAAGCCGAAUAGGCGUUAUAUACAGAAUGUAGUUAUAUAUAUCCGUCCGCAUCUGCAUCGAUGUACAUUUACAUUGCAGCAACGAUUAUCAUCACAUAUUAUACGAUGUUGUUUUAACGUCUGCAGCAUUCCCUAUAUAUGUAAAUGACUGUAAUGAUAGCAAAAACAUAGUUAAUGUAUUUCAAACAGCGUCAUGUCGGUGUGUUAUACGUUGUAAUGGCCAAAUGCAGCUGAAAUGGGAAGCAUUUUCUUACAUUUUUCUCGAUAAGUGUGAUUACACCGAUACUUCAGCAAUGCAUGUACAGGUUGUACAUCUGUGAGAAUGCCUCAACACCAUUCCAAAAUUCUGACUUUAUCACAGUCGGCAGCAUUUGUAUAAAGUUUUCCAGGCUUUGUAAUGGUUCCUCACUAACUCCUGUAGCAUAGCUGUAGACAUAGCACCAGGAUGGGUGUGAGGGGUCUGUUGUCCGCCUGUAUGCGUCAGAGAAAUGCCUGUGUACACGAAGUUGACCUCAUACAGGUGGCUCGAGAACGAGGUGGCAUAGAAAUACUGGUGGACUAUUACUCCUUUGAGUUGUUUGUUAUGGAACAGUUCUGGUUUUCAUUAUGUCACCACCAACACAACGAUUACCUGUGGAUACUGGGGGGUGAGUACGCCUCACUGGAUGUCUAUCUGAAGAAACUGAUCCAGCACCUCAAGGCUUUAGGUAUCCAGUUAGUGUUCUUUGUUGACGGUGCGAGGGGAGCAUCAACAGAGACCACUCGUGAGAAACUGGACACUUGGAUUGAAAGGCACCAUCGUGAAUUGGGAAAGAUUAGAGACAUUAUGAGUGUGUGCUGUGGAUUCAUGCCCAUUACAGAACUACAGGAAAAUGUGAGGGCAACAUUACAGGAAGAGCAGUUUAAACAUACCCUUAGGCAGUGUGAUUGUGAGGUUUAUCAGGAUCCGGCAGGGGAAGCUGACUGUGUCAUAGCUCAGGCACUGCACCAGCGUGAGAAAGCGUACGCAGUAUUCAGUAACGAUUCCGACUUUUGUAUAUUCAGAGACUGUACCUUCAUCCCUAGGACACAGUUUGACCUGAUGGGUGACCUCCAAUUGGGAGCAGUAUGUGACAUGCCCAUCAAACCAGAACGCCUCAUGGUCGGGGUUAUCACAACUGACAGGGUCAUGGCCAUUCUGGGACUGCCCAGACAUGACUUGUUGGUGGAGCUGAGUAUAGUUGGUGGUAAUGAUUUUACUGGUCAAUACAUACACAAAGGUGGGCUACAACAAAAGCUAGAGAUCAAAGGUCGCGGUAUAGAAGGUGUGGCUGACUGGAUCAGAGAUCACACGGUACCAGAGACCCACCCAGUCUUUGCUCAGGAAAUGAGACACAAUAUGGGAUUUCGCGGAGCAGUAGUCCACAGUCGUAACUUCUACAACCUAGGAGUACCGCCACUGAAGCCAAGUAAGACGGGACACCUAUCACAGAUUCUGGAGAAGGGUAUCCGAGAAGGUCACUUUGUUGCUAGGGUGAUGGGCAUGCACAACAACUUUUACUGGCAUCGUGCGGUUGUAGAGGACUUGAGUGAAGGUCAGCCAUGUGCGGAGGUUGCCUUGGCCCCACUCAGGGCUCAUGUGUACAGAAUUGUUCUUCAGCGACAUGAGAGCAUGGUGGAGGAGUAUGGCCGAAGUCCUUGGGAACCCAUGAGGACAGCAGGAGUUCUGGCAGUAGAAGAUAGCAACAUUCCUUCAAUACACCGCAUACAACCUGACAAGAUAUUCUGGAACCUCAAACAUUUCCACUACAUAAUGUCCCACAUGGAGCGAAGGACCGGGUCAGAGAGUAAAUGGUUUGAACGUUACGGGAGGAAAACAGGCUUUUCAGUUUACCUUCUCCGCUACUUCCUGCUCCUCAACUGGGGCCGCAACCUGUUUGUGACAGAGAAUGAGUUUCUUGCCUUGCUUGCCAUGUCUCUGGGGCGGCCAUCUGCUGCUAAGUAUCAGGGGAUAUGUGUCCGUCCGACCCCUCGCUGUGUGACUCUGGGCAGUUGGUACCAGGACCUGUACUACCAUGCCUACUGUUUCUUGGGGAAGCUGCUGAGCAUUAGCCAUGAGUUCCCACUGCCAUGUGAGGCCUACUCUGGGGCUGUGUGGACAGUCUUCUAUACCUGUGCCAAGGAUGAAACGUUCAAAGCUGCAUUGAGUCAAGUUCCCAUGCAUGAGUUGAAAAACACUCAAAAUGACAUGAAUGCCAUCAUCAAAGAAAAGCGUCACAUGAUCAGAUAUAUUGCGGAAGGCAUUUUUCAAUUUGACGAUCGAUUCUGAUUGGACGAGACAAAGAAAAGCGUCACAUGAUCAGAUAUAUUGCGGAAGGCAUUUUUCAAUUUGACGAUCGAUUCUGAUUGGACGAGACAAAGAAAAGCGUCACAUGAUCAGAUAUAUUGCGGAAGGCAUUUUUCAAUUUGACGAUCGAUUCUGAUUGGACGAGACAAAGAAAAGCGUCACAUGAUCAGAUAUAUUGCGGAAGGCAUUUUUCAAUUUGACGAUCGAUUCUGAUUGGACGAGACAAAGAAAAGCGUCACAUGAUCAGAUAUAUUGCGGAAGGCAUUUUUCAAUUUGACGAUCGAUUCUGAUUGGACGAGACAAAGAAAAGCGUCACAUGAUCAGAUAUAUUGCGGAAGGCAUUUUUCAAUUUGACGAUCGAUUCUGAUUGGACGAGACAAAGAAAAGAGUGUGAUCUUCGUAACAUAUACAGAAAGAAAAUCUUAUCAGAGAUAAGCAACACAUGUCUAUUAAGUUAAAGAUCCAUUGUGAUUGGACAGAACAUAUCACAUGUCUACAGUAGACAACUUUGAUUGGUGUAUAGUAGAUCAUGCUCAUGAUUGGAUAAUCACAACUAAUGUCAUGCUAUACAAUGCAGCAUGUCUAUAGUGAUGACAUCUGAUUGUAAGGCAUGAACGUUCCAUUUGUUAUUUAAUGACAAUCAAACUGUAGAUAUCAGCCAUUCAGCCAUUCUUUGAAAUCUUGUGCUAGUGUGUUAUUUAAAGACAAAAAAUAAGUUUGGAUACAACGCCUGUAUGACACAGAUUAAGCUACAGAAAAUCCAAGGAAAGGUCAAAUUUUGAUAUUAAAAAUUUCAGACCUAGACAUAAUUUUAUAACAAUAACACAUGUUAUUAUUAAAGAUCACAUAUAAUAAUAAUUUUGCAUGAUUUGCUUUGCUAUUGUGAGGUUUACGUUUUUAUUUAUUUAGAGUUUUUAUCCCCCGCUGUCACCGAAACGGGGGAUGUUAGUUUUGGGUUUGU